AUGGGCAGCCCCACGGAUCAGGAGAAGUCCCCCCAAUCCUGCCUGCGGUGCAUGGGGCAUCUGCACAGGGACUGCAUCCAGCCCCACCACACAGACACAACCUUCGGGAACUGCUGGCUGCAGGAGCUCCUCGAAGACUGGGAAGCCAUGCCAUGCUGCGAGGAUCUCGAGCCGCAGGGCUGCGAUGGCAAGGAGCAGAGACGCAGGAUGUGGAAGCCCAGCAGCCGCCCAGAAGAGCGAUCCAAGCAGAGGGCAGAGAUCAAGCAAGUACAAACCAACCUGGAGAACCGAAUCUUGAUGGUGGCCUCUGACAGCCUCAAGCACAAAGCAAGGGUGAUCCACCUCACGAAAGUGGUAGAGCGGGCGCGAGAGGAGGUGAACCAGGGCUUCGCUGAGAUCCUGCAGGAGCUUAGGCAGCUCCAUGGGAACUUGCUGGGCUUCCUCGACCAAGAGGAGCAUGCAGCCCUGCUCCAGCUGGGUGACUCCAUCCAGGAGAAGCAGGACAAGCUCGAGCACCUCCGGGAGCAGGAUGCCUGGCUGACACAGCUCCUCAAGGAUGCCAGUGACGAGCAGCUCCGGCAGGAACUCCCCAAAGUUAAGGAGAUGGGAGUCUGCCGCGAGCCUGUCCUCAGUCCCAAGUGUGAGGAGUCCUCGAGUUUCACAGGCCUCAAGCAGAUCCUCAGCGAGCUGAAGGCUCAGCUGGCAACAGUUGGUCUCUGCUUUGUCAAGAAAAUCCUUGGGAAAGGAAUCACAAUGCUGAACAACGAAGUUGUCCCUCCAGAUGUGGACAGAAAGAGCCUCCUAAAAUAUUACUGCGAGCUGACGUGGGACGCGAGCACGGCCAGCGAGGAGCUGCUGCUGCUGCAGGAGACGCGCUCGGCGCUCAACGUGUGCAUCCUGCUGGACGCCUUCGCCGCCUCCUGCCCGGGCUUCGCCUGCUGGCCCCAAGUGGCGUGCUCGCGGAGCCUGUGCGAGGGCCGCCACUACUGGGAGGCCGAGGUGUCCGACUCGUGGCUCUGCCUGGGCGCCACGUACGGCUGCCAGCGCCAGGCGGGCAAGAGCCACGUCUUCUACCUCAUGGGCAGGAACAGCGCCUCGUGGUGCCUCGAGUGGGACUCGCUGCAGCUCUCCGCCUGGCACGACAACGUCCAGACCGCCCUCAAGGGCGGCUACUACCGCACCAUCGGCGUCUUCCUGGACUACGCCGCCGGCUCCUUGACUUUCUACGGCAUCACCAACACCCCCAACCUCAUCUACCGCUUCCUGGCCACCUUCACGGAGCCCCUCUACCCGGCCUUCAUGGUCUGCCGUUGCCGGGGAGAGGCUUUAGGCUGGGAUUCAACUAAUUCACACCAGCGAGACAAGCGCUUGAAUCAGCCGCAUUAUCUUUGCCUGGCUAGAGCGGACAAAGGAUGGGAGCGGGCUGAGCACCGCCACCGUGCUUUGCAUGUGAGAGCCCCUUCCCACAGCCCCCCGCUGCCCACGGCCUUUUUCUGGCUGCAAGCCGCCAGGCGCCAGAGCCCUGUUUGCAGAAGCGAUGCCUCGGUUACUAUUGCAAAAGGCUCCACGAAAGCUUUGGGCCGCUGCUGAAGCAGAAGUAUCGAAGCGGGGGCAAUGAGCCAGCCGUGCCGCGCGCCCAGGGGACGAGCUGGCGGUGCCGCGCGCACACGCACGCACACGCUCUCUAGCCUCCGCUUUCCCAGUCCGGGUCUCAGCCUGAGGUACGGGACUAACUCCGUAAG